AUGAAGAUGCUACGGUGGAUGAGCGGAGUUUCACGCAAGGAUCGCGUCCGAAACGCCCACAUUCGGGGUAGUCUUGGCGUCCGUGACAUCGCAGACAAACUGCAAGAGUGUCGCCUUCGUUGGUAUGGCCACGUCUCGCGCAGACCGGCAAGUUACGUGGGUAACAAAUGCCUGGCCAUGCCGCCUCCUCCCGGUACGGGAAGAAGAGGCCGGCCCAAGAAGCGAUGGCUUGAUGUCGUCAAGGAGGACAUGCGUGCCAACGGACUCACUACCAGGGAUGCCGAAGAUCGGGCAAAGUGGUCACGAAGGAGUCGGAAGGCGGACCCCGGGUCCUCGCGCCCCGCGCGGGGGCACAGCCGGGAUUGA